AUGCGAUUCUCCUUCAUACAACGAUGCUCGUCCUCAUCCAUCUUCCGCCCUUCUUUCUCUUCGUUCAGACAAGGCUUCUCUCCAAGUACACGUCUUGGUUUGAUCGGUGCUCGACGGAUUUCUCCUGAUAACUGCUCUCAACGCCGACAUCAGCAUGUAUACCGCCGACAAUACUCGUCUCAGGCCCCAACACCGACACCACCACCAGCGAGCACAGAUCCGGAGAGAAAGCCCACCUUGCGUGAAAACAUCUAUACGCUCCCAAAUUUCUUGACAUUGUCGCGCAUCGCUGCCUGCCCCAUCCUGGGCUGGUCUAUCCUCGCCGACGACUUCGUGCUCGCGACAGGUCUGCUUGCUUAUGCAGGCAUAACCGACUUGGUGGAUGGCUUUCUUGCUCGACGAUAUAAUAUGCAGUCCGUCCUUGGGACUAUCCUCGACCCUGCCGCUGACAAGACCCUCAUGACGACUCUCGCAGUCACCCUGACCAUGAAGGGCCUACUACCACUGCCGCUUACCGUCAUCAUACUGGGACGCGACGUUCUCUUGAGUCUAUCUGCAUUCUACAUCCGCUACACGUCUCUCCCGACUCCUAAAACAUUUCAGAGAUAUUGGGACUUCUCCAUCCCUUCUGCUGAAGUUCGCCCAACAACCAUUAGCAAGGUGAAUACUGCUCUCCAGCUAUUCCUCAUGGGAACUACGACCAUAAGCCCCAUUCUCCCAUUCGAUAUCGGGCUUUUCUCCCAAGGAUUACAAUGGACAGUUGCAACGACGACCAUCUGGAGUGGUCUAUCCUACGUGUUUUCGAAGAACGCUGUUCGUGUCAUCUCUGUUAGUCGCAAACCCAAGACCCCAUCUUCAUAA